AUGCAUAUUUUUUGUUUAUUUUAUUCAAUUAUAUAUCUUCACGACAAAUUUUUCCUUUCUUCAUUUAUCCCCUUUUACUCUUUUCCUUUCUAUUUAAUUUUUCUCUUUACUUUUAUUCUCUUCCUUUCUUUCUUCUUUACCUUUAUUUUAUUUUUUUUCAUUUUUCUCUUGCCUUUUUUCUCUUUUUUUCCUUUUCUUUCUUUUUUUCGUUGUCUCUUCAUUUUCUUCUUUCCUUUUUCUCUUUUCCUUUUCCUCCUCUUAUUUUUCUUUUUUGCUUUAUACUUUUGUUCUCUUUUCAUUUUUUGUUUUUUUUACUUUCUGUAUUCUCUUUUCAUCUAUUUUUACUCUUUGCUUUUUUUCUCUAUCCUUUUUUUCUUUUCCCCUCAUUCCCUUUUUAUCUUCUUUUUCUCUCUCCCUUUUCCUCUUACUUUACUAUUCUUUGAUUUUUUUUAUUCUUUUUCUCCUCCUCUUUACAUUUUCUUUCCUUUUUCUUUUUUCUCUUCUUUGCUUUUUCUGUACCUUUUUUAUUUAUUCUUUGUUUUUUUCCUCCUCUUUGCCUUUUUCAUCUUUCAUUUUUGUUCUUAUUUGACUUUUCUAUUUUUCUCCUUUUUCUACUUUUCCUCUUUUCUUUUUCUCUUUGCAUUUGCCUUUUUUGUCUUUUCUCACAGUAUAUACUCAGGAAGAUGUUAUUGCAUAUUGUAA